AUGUUCACCGAAUUUAUACAGAAGCUGCAGCAGUACUCGUCAAAUUAUACAAAUAUUAUUGUGAUGGGCGAUUUAAAUUGUAAUCUCCUCGAAAAUUCUUUCGAAUCACAAUUCCUUCGCAACUUCAUAUCGGAACACUCGUUAUUUCUUGUGCCACACUCCGCAACACAUCAUACUCGUUUUUCAGAUACUCAGAUAGAUGUUAUUAUUACCGACGCCGAACAUAAAGUAACCGAAUUUUCGCAAUCUGAUGUACCUUUUGCAGUCGGCCAUGAUCUCUUAAAAAUCACAUACAAAUUUCGUCGAGAUGAUCCACCCGUAAAUAUUUCAUUACUAAAUGCGGAUAUUCUCAACGUACUUGCCACUACUACUUAUUUUACACAAACGUCUGAAUAUUCAAAUCCGUCAACGAACAACGUUUUAUCAAUCUUUAAUGAUGCAAUUUUAUCUGCCUUAGGAAGACAUGCUCCGUUGCGUAUGAUAACUACUGUCCGCCCACCAACACCAUGGCUGAGCGAUAGCAUUAAAUUACAAAUUAAGAAUCGUGAUCGCGCGUAUCGUAUUACCAGACGUACGGGUAGCCAAAGAUUAUUCGACGAGUAUCGAGCGUUGAGAUCUAGGCUUAAAAUAUUAAUGCGAAAUGCCAAAGAAGAAUAUAUGUCAAAGUCUGUUGCAAAUAUGACCGAGCCAGUAAAGAUAUGGGCUUUUCUACGACGAAUGGGGUUACUUGAGUCACGAUCCCAAUCUGCCUUGCAAUACUUCUCCGCAUCUGAACUCAAUGAGUAUUACACUACCAUCACGACAGCGUAUCCUUCUUGCUCCGACGAGUCACUCAUUGCCAUUCUAUCUCAUUGGCCAUCCGCUGUUACAUCAACCUUCACUCUUGCUACCCUGUCUGCCGAACAGGUCACCGACGCCUUACGAAGAUCGUUGCCAAAGGCCAAGGGCCGUAGCCUCGACGGAAUACAAUUAGUGUAUCUAAAGGACUCAUUACCGGAAAUAACACCGUACCUAACAUCAAUCUACAAUUCUUCCAUCAUCACAGGUAAAUAUCCGGAUGAUUGGAAGCGCUGUCUUGUAGUUCCUCUCAAUAAAACACCCGUUCCUGCGAACCCUAAUCAAACCAGACCGGUGGCAAAUCUACCACAUCUCGCCAAACCCCUCGAUGCAAUGAUUGCCCAACAAGUCUCAAUAUAUCUCGAAAACAACAACCUUCUGAAUCUACAAGAAUCUGGAUUUCGCAAGAACCACAGCACGCAGACCGCACUACUAAAUCUGCUAGAUUAUGUACGUCACAGCAUUGAGCAAGGGUCGGUUACUUUCGUCGUUUUCUUCGACUUCACUAAGGCGUUCGACAUGCUCGAUCACACUUUAUUACUAUGUAUAUUAAGGGACCACGGAUUCGAUGACGGAGCUGUGAAAGGUUCCAUUCAUAUCUGA